AUGAUCACUAAUUGGAACAAAUCAGAAAGAGAAGGUUUAUUAUCAUUUGCACCUAAUUAUUUUGCUUACCUAUCAAAUCAAACAUUAAUUAAACCUUCAUUGAUUUGUAAAAUCUUUGGAUUCUUUACGAUUAAGAUUAAAGAAAAGGUUUUGGGUAGUCAUAAGAAUGAUUCCAAUUUGAUUAAGUUGGAUCUCUUGUUGAUGGAAAAUUUGUUUUAUGGUCAAACUAUCACACGUAAAUUUGAUUUGAAAGGCAUUACUUCUAGGGUGGCUAAAGUUAAGAAAGACGAAAAGGAUGGUGGAACUGGUUGGGAUGCUGAUUGGAUUGAAGGUUCACUUCGAACUUUAUUAUUGAUUCAUCCUCAUUCUAAACAUGUGAUUUCGAAUGCGAUUGAAAAUGAUACCAAGUUUUUAUCUGAAAGUAACGUGAUGGAUUAUUCACUUUUAGUUGGAGUAGAUGAUUUAAGAAAAGAAUUGGUCGUGGGGAUGAUUGAUGUGAUUGGAACAUUUAAUUUGGCUAAGAUGUUGGAGUCUAGAGGUAAAAUGGUUUUGAAAAGUUCGGAUAAAAAAGGAGAAGUCACGAUCUUACCUCCGAUUGAAUAUGCUAAUCGGUUUAAAAAAGCCAUGGAAACGUAUUUUGUAGCUGUACCUGAGAAAUGGAGUAGACCAUUAGAAAAAGAAAGUGAUCAAGUGGUGAAAAACCAUCAUCAAGAAGAUCCAAGUUUACCUUCUGUAUUUUAAAAAAUUAAGAUAUAUUAUCAAUAUGUAGGAUUUGUGAAAAAUGAAAAAAAAUGUGACAAGGUGUUUUAAAUUAGUAUAAUAGUCUUUUUUGUUUUUUUUUGAGUUUCUUUGUUGUUGUUUAUGAUUGAUUGAUUGAAACUGAAGAAGAAGAAGAAGAAAAAAAUUGUUGUUGAAAGUCUUGAUAUGUAUAAUUUGUAAAAGAUUAGUAUAAUACUAG